AUGGUUACGGUGAGAUCUAUAGUGGCACUUGCAGCAUCUAGGAAAUGGCAUAUUCAUCAGAUGGAUGUGUUUAAGAAAUAUGACGAGCAAAUAAACAGAACCAAAAAAGUCUCAGAUGAUCCUUUGGUAGAUCAAACAAUGUAUCAAAGGUUGAUAGGAAAGCUAUUAUAUCUACAAAUAACAAGACCUGAUAUAGCCUUUAGUACUCAAACAUUGAUUCAGUUCUUACAGCAGCCUAAGAAGUCUCAUAUGGAUGCUGCAUUAAGAAUAGUCAGAUACCUAAAAAGACAACCUGGACAAGGGUUGUUACUAUCAAGUGGUGUAGAUAAUUUGCUGACUGUAUUUUGUGAUGUCGACUGGGCUUCAUGUCCACUUACCAAAAGAUCUAAAGUGAAGGCCUUCAUAUUCCUGUUGUUGGAUAUGGUGAUUGAGCAAAACGGCAGGAAGCAGAGGUUUGGUUCGAGUUGGGUACAGAGAGCGUUUUCGAAUGGACUUACGCGAAUUCGGAUAUAG